CGCAUAUGAGAGGAUGACUUUAUUAGAAUGAGGAUGUUUUAACGUUUCCCCAAUUGCUCUUUGUUUGUUCCCUUGGCUUAUCUCCCUCUGGGUGGAAAUCUGUUCUUUUUGCUCAGUCGUUGACGUGGGAAAUUGAAAGGAGGCAAUAUUGUCUUUCUGUAUUCUCUAGCUGCUUUGAUGCCUACACUGAACUCUUGACUUGUGGGUCUUAUGAGAUUGAAGGCACAUAGAAAGUGGUCAAAUAUAAUUGAUGGACAAUGAUUGUGCAGAUGGAUAAAAUGUCUGCUCCUCCUUCUCGGGAUCGUGCUCAACGCCUGUAUGAGAAGAACGUUGAGUUAGAGAACAAACGAAGGAAGUCAGCUCAGGCACGGGUUCCAUCUGAUCCCAAUGCCUGGCAACAGAUGCGUGAGAACUAUGAAGCUAUAAUUCUUGAGGAUCAUGGUUUUUCUGAGCAGCACAACAUAGAAUAUACGUUGUGGCAAUUGCACUAUAGGCGUAUUGAGGAACUGAGAGCUCACUAUACUGCUGCCCUUAAUUCUGCUGGCUCAAACUCAUCUCAAGUUCCUGUCCGUCCUGAUCGUGUCUCAAAGAUACGGUUACAGUUUAAAACAUUUCUUUCCGAGGCAACUGGGUUUUAUCAUGAUCUGAUUUUGAAAAUCAGAGCCAAGUACGGGCUUCCCCUGGGUUUCUUCUCAGAUGGCGCGGAUGACAGAGUUGCUAUGGAGAAAGAUGAGAAGAAAUCUGCUGAUAUCAAGAAAGGAUUGAUUUCCUGCCACCGGUGUUUGAUAUACCUUGGUGAUCUUGCAAGGUACAAAGGACUAUAUGGAGAUGGUGACUCUAAAAUACGCGAGUAUGCUGCGGCUUCAAGUUACUACUUGCAGGCUGCAUCUCUUUUGCCAUCAAGUGGCAAUCCGCAUCACCAGCUUGCUAUUUUGGCUUCAUAUUCCGGUGAUGAGCUGGGGGCAGUGUACCGUUACUUUAGGAGCCUGGCAGUCGACAAUCCUUUUAUGACAGCACGAGAUAAUCUGAUUGUUGCUUUUGAGAAGAACCGUCAGAGUUGCUCUCAGUUGGUUGGUGAGGUCAAAGGUUCUGUAGUUAAGGAGUCACCAGUUCGAGGAAGGGGAAGAGGAAAGGGGGAACCAAAAGGUGGAUCGAAAAUUCCAAGUGUUGAAGCUGAUGGCUCCAAGGAGAAGUCAACUGAUGUUAAUGAGAUUCGUAAAUCAUUUUGCAUUCGAUUUGUACGUCUGAAUGGCAUUCUUUUCACCCGCACGAGCCUGGAGACAUUUGCGGAACUUCUCGCAUCAGUCAGCAGCACUUUCCUUGAGCUUCUAUCCUCUGGUCCUGAAGAGAAGUCAAAUUUUGGCGCAGAUGCUGUUGAGAAUGGACUUUUUAUUGUUCGUUUAGUCUCCAUCCUUGUAUUUACGGUUCAUAAUGUGAAGAAAGAGGCUGAAGGUCAGAGUUAUGCAGAGAUUGUGCAGCGUGCUGUUCUUCUUCAAAAUGCAUUUACUGCAGCUUUCGAGUUAAUGGGACAUGUAUUGGAGAGGUGCGAGCAGCUUAAUGAUCCUUCGUCAAGUUACUUGUUACCUGGAGUUCUGGUAUUUGUGGAGUGGUUGGCCUGUUGCUCCGAUAUUGCUGGAAGUGGUGAUGCGGAUGAGAAAAUGGUUGCUGUAAGGUCAAACUUUUGGAGGUGCUGUAUUGCCUUCAUGAAUAAGAUCUUGUCGUUUCUGCCAAUAUCCCUUGAUGAUAAUGAAGAUGAUACAUGCUUCAAUAACAUGAGCCGGUAUGAAGAAGGGGAAACUGGGAACAGGCUUGCUUUAUGGGAAGACUUAGAGUUAAGAGGGUUUUUGCCACUUGUCCCUGCUCAGUCCAUUUUGGACUUCUCAAGGAAAUACCCGUUUACAGCUGAUGGUUCUAAGGAAAGGAUGGCUCGCAUUAAGAGGGUUCUUGCUGCAGGGAAGGCAUUAGCAAACGUUGUGAAGGUCGAUCAGAAACCAGUCUCCUUUGAUUAUAAGGUGAAAAAAUUCGUUAUAGGUGCCGUGCCUCAUGUUUCUGGUGAUGAUGUAUUCAGCUCUGAUUCUGGACUUUCAAAAGCAAGUAAAUUGAUGCAAGAAUAUACUCCUGAGGAAGCUAUCAGUUUUGGGGCAUUGAAUACAAACCCCCAGCGAUGUGUUGAAGGAGAAGAGGAUGACGAAGUAAUUGUUUUCAAGCCCUUGGUGAGUGAAAAGCAAAAUGAUGAUUUACAUCCAAAGCUUGCUCCUUAUGAGAGCUCAAGACCUAUUAGAAACCUUUCGGCUGCUGAUCUACAAUUCGUUGGUGGCUCUGUCUCUGCUGCCGUUGAUAAUCAGCUCCUUCCUGCUGCUUUCAACGGACAUCCUCAAAUAUCAGCAUCUGCUGGUAUGGUUGGAACUCAGCACCCAUCAGCAAUCCAGCCGCCUACUACUUCAAAGUGGCUGAUGGAGGAAGCUGCACUGGUCGCUAAUAACCUGAAAAGUGUCAGGUUCAUGGAGAAUGGGCACACAACUGGCUAUGAGAUGCAGAAAGAUUUUGGUUUAGCCCAUUUGCCUGUGUCUGCUUCAGUUAUAAUGCAACCACCACCGGUGAAUUUUGGUACUACUGGCAUGAUAUCGAACCAAAUGAAAGUUCCAGAUGCAAGCUUUCCUUCCAAGGUUGGUACUAUUUCUUCUUCUGGAAUGUACCCUGAAAGUGAUGUACAGGCAUCAAGUGCCAUGCCGGCUGGUUUUAGGAGGAGCCCUGUAAGCCGGCCUGUUAGGCGUCUAGGCCCUCCACCUGGUUUUACUUCUGCUCCACCGAAGCAGGUGACAGAUUCUUUUUCUGGUUCAGAUUUACCUACUGAGAAUCCUCUAGCAGAUGACUAUAGCUGGUUGGAUGGCUAUCAGUUGCCAUCUUCAACCAAAACCUCAGGGUUUAGUGGUUCGUCCAGCCUCUCCUCUUAUCCCACACCUCAAUAUGCCAGCAACAAUAAUGGAUUAACGGGGGCAGUCAACUUUCCAUUCCCUGGAAAGCAGCUGCAAGGAUCUCAGGUAAAGUUAGAGAAUGAAAGGGGUUGGGAAAAUUUUCAGGCUUUUGAGAAUCUAAGAGCACAGCAAGAGCAGUACCUGCAGCAACAACAGCAACAGCAACAGCAACUCCUUAAUGGAAAUCAGCAAUUUGCGACAAUGCCUGAGCAGUUUCAUGGACACUCCAUGUGGAACGGGCGUAAUAUCGUGUGAGAUGGAUGUGAAGCAGAUAUGGGGAAGAUGAAAAGUUUGGAACUCCAGGUGGAUAUGCCUAUGGGUGUUUUUAUGGGCAUUCUUUCUGGAAUUUGCUCUGAACUUAUCUCUUUUCUUAAGAAGGUUCUAAGAAUGGGCUUUGGUGAAUCUUACGGCAUCCUUUUGCUACCAAGUGUGCGCUCCAACUUUGCAGCAGUAUCAAAUUUCAAAUUUCACUUUUUGUUGGAGGGUGGGUGGCGUUGGCUCUUGCCACUGGACAGGAGAAGACAAAUAUUGCAACAUCGUCUAUGAUGUGGAACUCUCGUGAAGUAGAAGCCUUAUUUGGUUACUUGGGUUUGGAGAUAGAGUCAAGCUAAUAAGAAGAUUAGUUGGAACUUUGGGCCUUAUAUCUGGAAGGAAGAAUUGGUGAAAUAAAAACCACGUGGUUCCCCUUACCUUUCUACGCCAAACUUUUGGGUUGCUGUAGCUGUCAAAGGUGCUGGGCUAGUAUCGUCAUCACAAUGGAUUGGGUUAUGGUGAACGUGAGUGGAAUCUGUGGCAUGUAGCUUUCAGAUCUCCAAAUCCUGGAUGGGUGCUUAGGCAUGUCCUCAGUAUCACAAGUCUGUCUGUGGCACACGGUGAAGAGUGAUGGCGUCGUGGUUUCAAGCUUUCCUUGAUGCUGUGUCUGGGGUCAGUUGGAAGCUUGAUUGUAUGUUAAGCUCUAGAGACUUAAGUAUGUGUACCGUUUUUCGGGUUUUUCCCUUUGUGUACUGGGUUUAUGUGGUGAAUGUGGAUGGUUUGGAAGUGUUGGCUUUUGAAUAUGCGUCCGAGACUAUCGUACCCCCAACUUCCUGUAGAAUAAACCUUGUCUGCAGAUAUCUGGUUAUGCCAGGGGAAUGUAUUUUUCUAUCUGGAGUGUUGGGAUUACGCUAUUGUGUUAACAGGUCUCGUUUCGAAUAAGUGAGAUUUUACAAGUGAUGUAAAACUUAUUAUGUCUGGAGACAUUGUUGUGAUUAAGUUGUCGUGUAACUUGUGUCUGUAUACCUUGUGUCAGUCUGGUUUUAGACCUUUCUGUUGCUGCUUCGUUUGAAAGGAGCAACCCGGAAAUGGUGUUCGCAGGACGCUUGUGAGAACGUGUUCAUCGCGGUGCGAUUUGCGGCUGCUGGAUUGAAUUGUUUAGAAUAGAGUAGAUGCUCAUAUAUGUCUUUUUAAUAAACGACGCCACCUGAAUAUACGAUGUUGAUGAUGAUGAU